AUGGUCUCGAAAACCAAAUCUGAACACCGCCGGUCGCGGACGACUCCGUACAACAGGCUAGUCACGGUAGCAGUUGCCUUUGGCUCCUUUACGUACGGAUACUGCUCCGCCAUCAUCGGUAGCACGAUCGGCCAGCCGGGAUGGUACCAAUAUUUUAAUCUGCCCAUGCAGGGCGAAGAAGGAUACGGCUCCAAGACGGCCCAGGCUAUUGCAACAGCCAAUGGACUCUACAGCGCUGGUGGUGCAGUGGGGAGUCUUUUCAUCAUGUGGGCGGCCACAGCUCUCGGGCGAAAAGUCUCAAUUCAGAUUGGUGCCGCUUGUGCUGUCCUCGGCGGUGCGCUUCAAGGUGGUGCAGCGAACUUGGCUAUGUUCCAGGUAGGAAGAGUAAUCUCGGGUCUCGGAAUCGGUAUUCUUGUCACAGCAUGUCCCAUGUACCUGUCAGAAUUGUCGCCCCCGGAUAAGAGAGGAUGGCUGGUCGGUCACCAUGCCAUCUUCCUCGUCUUUGGAUACAUGUUGUCGGGAUGGCUAGGAUACGCGUGCUACUUCGCCACGGACAAGAAUGCCUCCUUCGCGUGGCGAUUCCCGCUCUGCGUUCAGGUCUUGUCUCCACUGGUCCUCCUUAUCACGUCCAUAUGGAUCCCUCGGUCGCCUAGAUGGCUCCUCCAGAAAGGGCUUACGGAGCAAGCGUGGAAUGUACUUCGAGAUCUCCGUAGAUCUCCAGAGGACCCCGACGAUCUCGUGGCGAAAGAGGAACUCUAUCAGGUCAAGAUGCAGAUUGCCCUGGAUUCCGCCAAGCUCAAGGCCAUCAAUUGCACGCCUUGGACGGCCGUCCUGAAGAAGAAGAGCUACCGCAAGAGGAUGUUGAUCGGGUUCCUCACGCAGUGGGGUGCCGAGUUUGCAGGACCACUUGUGAUUAACAACUAUUCGGUCAUUCUCUACACCAACCUGGGCCAGACAGGCUCAAUGCCUCUUCUUCUCUCAGCGCUGUGGCUGACUACUGCCGGCGUGAUCUAUAAUCCUCUAGGAGCGUGGCUCCAUGAUAAGGUCAACUCUCGACGCUGGAUGUUCCUUGUCGGUCUUUUCGGUUGUCUGUUUACCACUGCCGGGCUUGUGGGAUGCAUCGCACAGUAUGGGGGCACGACGAAUAAAGCGGGAAAUGCCGCUGGCGUGUUUUUCGUCUUCUUGUAUUUGGCAUUCCAAGGAACGGGCUGCGAUACUACGAUGUACAUCUACGUCUCGGAAAUCUUCCCAACUGAAAUCCGCCCCAUCGGCAUGGGCUUCUCCCUGUUCGGUCAGUUUGCCGCCACGAUCAUCCUGCUGCAGACCGCGCCUAUUGGCAUCGAUCAAGUCGGUUGGAAGUAUUACCUCGUCAUCAUUGCGUGGUGCAUCGUUUUCAUCCCCAUCGUGUACUUCUACUUCCCCGAGACGGCGCGUCUUUCUCUUGAGGAGAUCUCGGCCCGCUUCGGCGAUGAUGUGGCCGUCCACGUGAAUGACGUGUCGGAGGCACAGCGCAAGGAGCUGGAUGAUUUCCUUCGGAACCAAGACGUGGCCCAUAUGAGUGCAGACGAGAAGGCCGUCGUUAAGACGACUGAGGAUACGGCACAAUCUGAUAAGAAUUGA